AUGCGGCGUGCGUGCGUUCCCCAGCAGUUGGCGUGCGGCGCCUGGGGGGAGAGGACGGGUGCUGGAGUUCUCCGUGACGCGCGCUGUGUGUGACGACCACACCACCACCGCCACUCCAUCGCAGCAGCAGGCUGUGCGGCUCACUCAUAGCAUUCUGUGGCCGGCAUUGGUGCCGAGGUGUGUUGUUGAGGGCGCGCAGGAGUGUGGCAGGCGUGACAAGGCCUUGCUGACACGCCCUCCCUGGCCGCGCCAUGCAGAGCUGGCGAAGGCUGCCGCCCCCGUGACUGCCGGGCCGCCAGCGUGAGACCUGUGGUUCCUUACACCAUGCCACAGAGAGUCCGUUACGGAGGUGGUGGUGGCGCUAAUUAGUGUGCGUGGAGUGAGUGUGUUUGCGUGUGAGUGUGUGUGUGUCACCUGAGAUGUGUGUGUCCCGUGUGGCUCGGUAAGCAGCUGUGUGUCGCGUGUGCUGGUGCUACUGCUGCGCCGCGCUGUCAUGUCGUGGGUGGUAGACGUGUCCCGCUGUCUGGGCCUGAUGGACAUCGGCUCCUGCGAAAUGACCCGCCGCGGAGCAGGAUCCUCAGGCCCCACGCGGAGACACACCAAAUCCUCAGGUUGGCUGCUGGGUUCCCCGCUGUGUCGCGGAGCCGCGCAGGCCACCGCCACCACCAAAAAGCGGCUGUUACACCGCAGCGGGUCGCGUUCCACGCCUUGUCUCACGAAUGAGGCCGCUGCGGCUGCCCUCAAGAGGCGAGCAACUGGCGAUGCUGGUCAGGGGCGUGAGUCCCUCACGUCAACACCGGCUACGUCCAGCGGGGACAGUUUGGACGAGCCGCCCCUGCUGGCGGCGCCCGUCGAGCAUCCCCCGCUGGAGGCCGCGGGAGGCGUGGUGGUGGCGGCGCCUCGCGCUGACAAAACCAGGCCAAACCUGACGCGGUCCCUGGAGGUGCUGGGAAUCACGGAGGACUCCAAGCCUUCCGAGGUUUCACCGAACUCUGAUGUGUUGCCUCACCGCGCCCGUAGCGUGUCCAGGUUGGACUGCAGCGUCCACUACUCGGACAGUCCGCCGCUGGUGCCGGCAGGAGCUGCGGUGGGGAAGGACUCACCUAGAGGCGUCUUCCUAGAGGCACGAGACACACUAGUGAACCGCCUAUGUGGCGCGGCGCCUUCCCGCGUCCCGCCGCUGCCCGACACCGAACACCCCACACGUGCCGGCGUCGCCAGGCACAGGUUUGCCCGCUCAGAGCACAGCUUGAGCCAGCCUGCGCCGCACCGCCGCCCCUCCCACCAGGGGGCGGUGCGGAGUGGCAGCGCGCGGGUGGGGGGCGUGGGCGGCAGAAGCAAGUCGGAACAUGUGCUCAGCAAGUCUUCCUGGGGCAGGGCAUCACCUCCCCCGGGGGAGGCGGGCAGCCAGUGGUCCAUCUGGGCGCAGGACCUGCUGGAUUCCCUCCACCAGAUGAACGAGCACGCCCACCGCCCCCUCUCACCCACACCCACCUCCACCUCCACCUCCACCUCUACCCUCACCUCUGUCACCGCGGCGCCGAGCUGCCGUGCGCCGCGGCGCAGCUUUUCCAGGGGCGGCAGCGGCAGGUGUGAGAGGCGACAGGCGAGUCUUGCCGAUGAAGGGAGUGGAAGCGGCAGCAGCGGGGACAGGCUGCGGGAACCCAACCCACGGGCGGUGCGGCGAACACACAGCGACGUGGGCGGACGAGGAGCCACCUGCUACUCCCGCCAGAUGUCCACGCCGCAGCCCAUCAAGGUCCGCCCUGCUCACAGACUGCCGCAGCACAACACAGCCUCCCUGCACAGAGUCAAGAGCAGUCUGAAGAGGAGUAAAGGGUCGUCACAUCUCCGCCGCUCCAUCAGUCAACCUCUCGACUUGGACAAAACGACAUCGAACUCCUAUGACACACCUACUUCGAGUCUCCGCCGAUGUCGCAGCCCAGAUGACGUGCCCACCACCAGACACCAGCGCCGCCCGUCCGCUGGUGACAUCCUCAACGACGAUAACACCACCUCUGAGGACGAGAUUGGCAUGUCUGACUCUGAGGAUUUCAGAAGCGAUCUUAAAAGGAGUUUGGAUGAGGACGACAACCUGAUCGUGUACGCGGAGGCCUUGUGGGAUCACGUGACUCUGGACGCCGAGGAGCUGGUGUUCAAGGCAGGGGACCUCAUCACCGUCAUUGACUCCGGGGACAAGGACUGGUGGUGGGGCCGAAUCAGUACGCGCGCCGGAUGGUUCCCCGCCGCCUUCGUCAGGAUCUUGGUGAACCAGGAGGACCAUCAGAGCGCGAGGAACCACCAGGACCCGCGUAACAGAGGACCUGCGCGAAAGCUGAGUAUCUCCGGCCUCUCCCACGACCAGAUACGCACUAACGUGAUCAAUGAGAUAAUCAGCACGGAGCGGGACUUCGUCAAACACCUGCGAGACGUGAUCAAGGGUUACCUGAUGCAAGUGUGCAAGCGGGGCGACAUGUUCAGCAAGGAGCGCAUCGCCACCAUCUUCGGCAACAUGGAAGCGCUCUACCACUUCCAGAGCGGCUUUCUCAAGGAGCUGGAGGAGUGUAUAGACUGGCAGGAACCUCACAAGUCUUGCAUCGGGGCCAUCUUUAUUAGAAACCGGGAGAAAUUUGAGAUCUACAGUGAAUACUGCAACAACCACCCAGCAGCCACCUCAGCACUGCAGGAGCUUUACCAAGACCAGCGGUAUGUGCACUUCUUUGAGGCGUGUCGGCUGCUGCAGGAGAUGAUUGACAUUUCCCUCGAUGGCUUCCUCCUCACUCCUGUCCAAAAGAUCUGCAAGUACCCACUGCAGCUGCAAGAACUGCUUAAGUAUACCAAGACGGACCACCCAGACUACAGCAGUGUGAAGGGCGCACUGGAGGCCAUGCGGGAUGUGGCUCUGCUAGUAAAUGAGCGCAAGAGGCGGAUGGAGUGCCUGGAGAAGAUAGCAUCAUGGCAGAUGACGGUGGAGGGGUGGGAGGGGCCAGACCUGCUGGAGGAGAGUUCACAGCUGAUCCACCAGGGGGAGGUGACCAAGGGGGCAGGCGGUGCGUGGCCGAAGGAUGUGACGCUGUUCCUGUUUGACCACCAACUAGUGUACUGCAAGCGUGACCUCCUCAAACGUAACACCUUUGUGUACCGCGGCCGCCUCAACCUGGACAUGUGUGAGGUGGUGGACAUGCCGGCCAAUAAAGACUCGAGCUUCAACAUGAGUAACGGCUGGAAGAUUCACAGUGUUGCUAAGAACAAGUGGUACACCUUCUCCUGCAAGACAACCCCAGAGAAACUCAAGUGGAUGGAAGCCUUCAGGAAGGAGCGAGCGUUGGUAGCAGCAGAUGAGACCGCUGGCUUUGUGGUAGGUGAGAAGGCCAAGAACCUGGCCAGAGUGGCAGCACGAAACCAAAGGAACCGACCCAAGAGACCAAGAACAACCAAAACUCACAAGCGUGUGCAGGCCAUGACUUACGCUCAGGCCGAACUGCUAGUCAAUCUUGAUCCUGACUCGCGCUGCAAUAGCCUUCCCUCGGGUGUGCAGGCGCCCGAAGGGAAGAAGAAAGGUACAUGGUUCAGCUUCGGUGGCCACAAGAAGGGCCGGGGCUCUGGCCGCACCCUUGGCCAGAUCCAGCAUCAUCCUGUGUGAGGGCACGAGACCGGGCGAGCAGCGUGCCGCCCCCCAUCCCCUUUCCCCUCUGUGGCAUGAGCCCGGGAGGUCCCCACGACGCCCAUCAACACUCACACUCCACAUCUAACCACCCACACUUGCAUUGGCUUCCUUGCUUGCAUAAAAUAAACUAAGAAAUGGAAAAAAAAAAAAAGAAAGCUGCUCUCCACUAUUUUGUACACACUUAUUUACACUGAAGACGUUCCAGGUGUCUCUUACGGGUCACACAACAGAGGUGCAUGUGUUGUCUGCCGGAGCAGUGACAACUGUGGUGAAUGCAUCAUCAUGGCCUCUCGUUUGUCUUGUCUGUUCGUCUGUCUGUCUGUCUAUCUAUCUAUCCGUCUGUCCAUUAGUCAGUCUGCACCACAUGAUAUUCUUCACUAGCAACCAAAGUCAGUUCUGGGAGUCACACCCCCCUCCCCAUGCUACUUGAAGUGUGUGUCUGUAGCAAGUGAAGUGAAGCAGAAGUCUAGUCAACCUGCCUUUAUCUGUCGGGUGACCUGCAGGUAUGUGGUGUACUGGUGGUGAUAGGUUUGUAGAGCAGUGUUGGAGUGAGGAGCAACAGUGGUGGAGUGGUAAAGUUCAACAAAUAUCAUAGUGCCACCAAAGUAAUGCUCUUAAGAGGCUCAGCUUUGCCUAAUGGAGAGUGUGUUAGUGUUUGGGUGCAGCACAUCAUCCUUCCUUCCUGCUCCCUGCUCCUUGCCCUGCUUGCCUCCAGUGUCAUGCAUGGAUGUUAGGACACUGUAAAAGGGAAAGGUAGUGCAAGGGAGGAAGAAAAAUAGUGAAAGGAGAGCAGCAUUCAACAGUGAUGAAGGAGACCGGAUGGCUCUCUUCCUGGCCACAGUGCCACGGGAUGGAAAUGGAAAUGGAAAAUAAUGAUGAAGAAGGUUUGUUUCAAGAAGGAUGUAUUGUUACAGCACAAUAGCAUGCCAUGAUGGUGGGGAAAGAGGACAGUGGAAAGGAGAGGUGUGGCAAAGAAAAAAAGGAUAAAAGAUGGAGAAAUAUGGUGAUGACAAGGAAGAAAGGGAAUACUACUCAAUUGUGCCUCAAUUCUCUGAUACAUCCGCUCAUGGCUUGCCUUCGUGCAGUGUUAGGGUGACUUUUUAUCAUCAGCAUCUUAAUGGCAGUCCUAGCUCUACCUUAUUUAAGUCCUCUACUUAGUGUUCUGUUGAUGUUUUCAGGUUUGUGAUUGUUUUAAAUUAUUACAUUAUUAUUAUUAUUAUUAUUAUUAUUAUUAUUAUUAUUAUUAUUAUUAUUAUUAUUAUUAUUAUUAUUAUUAUUACAUGCUAUAUUCUGUUGCCUUUUUUUUUUUUUUUUUUUUUUUUUUUUUUUACGUCCCUAUUAAUCGAUGUUAGCACCUGUAAAUUCCUUGUUCCUAUUGUUUGUUUUUUGCUAAAUUUAUUAUUGUGUAAGUUUUGAUAAUACUUGUUGUAAUGGCCACCAGCAUAUCUUGGUGGUGUCUCAUGUCAGGCACAAAUUCUUAUUAAAGAAUGAAUAUUUCUAUGAUACGCUUAUCACUAGUUGUAAAUGGAAUCGUCAGCGAUGGGUCAUAAUGAACACUUGGUACCUAGCAGUGGCCAUGGCAUUGCCCACAGUGCAGUGUGUGCAGGACCCGUGUGUGGUGUUACACAUUUGUUUUAGUCUCCAACUUAUUUACUACGUACAUGUUCCAUUUAUCAGAUCAGGAGAGAGGAGAAACGGAUGAAAGUUUAAACAUGUCUUACUCACUGUACUGAAAGUGUGGAGUAUUUAUUAAGAAUAUAAUAUGAGUAGAAGAAAAAAUUGUUGUGAGAGCAUGUUGUCCCAAUAAGGGAACAGAGACAGCUCCUCCUGUAGGUACUCGUACAUACAUAUGAGACUGAGGUCCUGUCUUACCUCCACCAGCACAGCAACAGCUGCUGCUGCUGCUGCUGCCUGGCUGGAGUCUGUGUCAGCUGUGGUGUUCUCAGUGUUUGUAGAUAACAACAGUGUUAUAGAGUACAUAAUGAGAUUGAUGUCUUUUUCAACUUGAUUUGGUAUGUGUAUAUGAGUACAUAUCUGUGUGUGUGAUUGCAUGUAUGUGUAUGUGUGCAUGUAUGUAUGUACGUACGUAUCUUGGUGAAAGUGUUGUUUUCCUUGGUGUUAACAUUCCUUCUCACCAAAUGGAUCCCAAACUGCAUCUGAUUGACCUGUCAAGUGCUGCAUAGACCAACCAAGAUAUUCAGUAAUAUCUACUUCCUCUUCCUUCUCUGUUUUCUGUUUUCUUCUUCCUCAGCUUUCCUUGUCCUGCCUUCCUCUCACUGGUGCAGAGUCCAACCACAGACCUCAUUCCAACACCUGGCUUUUCCUUACUCUGAUGAAUAUACACACAUGUCCUCAUAUAUGUGUAUGUGUGUCUGUUUGUGUGAGUGUGUGUGUGCAGGCCCAACUUUCCCUGUGUGUUUGUGUUCAGUGUUAGUAGGAGCUUUCAGUAUAAUCAUCCUCAUUGUGUUCAGGUAGACAAGCAUAUAUUAUUUUUCCCCAUCUUGUUGUCAUAGUCUGCCUUGGCUGCUGUGAGUUGUUUGUCUGUCUGUCUGUCUGUUAGGGGACUUCCUCUUGUGCCUGUCAGAUAGCAAUAGAGAUGUUUAGGUGAUAUUGCAGAGAAAUUAUCAUGGUGAGGACUGAGUGAGUGAUGUACAUUCUUCCCGGAUUGCUGUUAAUGGUAUUGCUUGAUUGUUAUUUAUCACAAAAUAGUAAUGCAAAUGGUACGAAAAUGACAAUAUUAUACUGCAUUGGAUUUUCAUUUUUAUAUGUGUGUGUAUGUGUGUGUGUGUGUGUGUGUGUGUGUGUGUGUGUGUGUGUGUGUGUGUGUGUGUGUGUGUGUUACAAGUAAAGGAGAACCCUAAGUAAGGUUGACAAUAGAUAAAUCGUAGAAUAUGAUAGUGUGACUGUACAUUAGAUUUCCUGCACAACGAUGGCAGACAGCAGAUGUGAAGAAGCACGAGAGAGGAGUUAUUGAUUGAUUUAAAAGUGUAAAGCUUAAAUAAUCACCACACAACUGCCUUAGCCAUGUGCCAAUAACGUAAAGCUUUACUUUCAAAGGGAAGAAUGAUUGCUACACGACCUGCUGUACGUGGAAGUGAGAGCUGAGGAAACUUCAUAUGCUUAUGUGGAGAGAGAGAGAGAAAGAGAGAGGGAGUGUGUAUGUUUGUGUAUUAUUGCGUAUGAAGAUUUUUGUAUGAGAGGAGAGAUUUGAAUACUAUUUUAAAAUCAUAUAACUGUAUUAAUGCUUUAAGACACGUUGUGCAUUACUGUUGCAAAAUAUGUGUGUGUGUGUGUGUGUGUGUGUGUGUGUGUGUGUGUGUGUGUGUGUGUGUGUGUGUGAGGCAUUGUGCUUGCCAGUUGUAUCACACUCACACCAGCAAGCCUUACAGCCUUCCUAGCAGCAGGUAGGAGGCAGGCGUUGAACAGUGUGAGGGCAGGGCGGCCUUGCUCCUGCUCCUGCUCCUGCUGCUGCUGCUGCCAUACUGUUCUUCAAGGCUGCCGUCUUCGAAAGUCUCCAAAGACACUUGUACACUUCCUAUUUUUUUACUUGAUUGUCUUUCUUCUGUGAGAGAUUUGUCGCGGUUAUUGCCCAAAGAGAGAGAGAGAGAGAGAGAGAAGCUUUAGGACCAGACCUGAAACGUGAUUUGAUUAAUUAAGCUGUGUAAAUAUUAUAUAACGUUUGUAUUCUAUUAUUGUUCUUAAUAUGUACAGUGAUGUGAAUAUAUGUAUUCAUUGUAAAUUUGUAAAUAUAAAAAUUUUCCUAUGUGGU